AUGACUCUUGGUUCUGGAGCAUCGAGUGUUGUUGUUCCGAGGAAUUUUAGGUUACUAGAGGAGCUUGAACGUGGGGAGAAAGGUAUUGGAGAUGGAACUGUGAGCUAUGGAAUGGAUGAUGGAGAUGACAUCUAUAUGCGCUCUUGGACUGGCACUAUCAUCGCUCCUCACAACACUGUGCAUGAAGGUAGGAUCUAUCAGUUGAAGCUCUUUUGUGACAAAGAUUACCCGGAGAAACCUCCAACUGUCCGGUUCCAUUCGCGUAUCAACAUGACUUGUGUCAACCAUGAUACGGGAGUGGUGGAACCUAAGAAGUUCAGUCUUCUUGCGAACUGGCAAAGGGAGUACACAAUGGAGAAUAUACUGACACAGCUGAAGAAGGAGAUGUCUGCGUCGCAUAACCGUAAGCUUGUUCAACCUCCAGAAGGCACUUGCUUCUAGUAGUGAAAAAUCUUUUUGCCCCUUACAAUACUGAAGUAUGUAUCUUGGGGUAAAUCCAUUGUCGUUUCCAAGCUUUUUCUCUAAAUUUGUGAUAAAAAUGGUCUAUUGUGGAUGGUGGUGAUGAUGAUGAUGAUGUUCGAUUAAUCAUCUGAAGUUUAUCCUUGUGUGCAAAUUAUCAAAUCAGUCCCCAAUAUCCAUGUGUUCAAUCCUUUAAUGAAACAUCUUGAUUUCAUUGGUUGGUAGUUAUGAGUAAUGUAUUUCGACAUUUGAGAUACUAAUUCAUUCAAGUACUCUUACUUGUUGAAUUUGAAAUAUUCAAAAUUGAG